AUGUCCAGGUGUCAGCAGACUCACAGAACCACUCAUUUGGUUCCUGUGGCAGCUGGACAGGACAAGCACAUCAAAGACCCUCAUGCAAGCAGAGGUCAACCCCACCUCACGGGCUUCUCUCCCUUGUCCAGUCUCUCCAUGGCUCAGCUGCAGCUCUGCUCCUGCAGUCGGGGUCAGGCCCUGGCACUACUCCUGCUCAUUCUCCAACUCACACUUCUCAACCAAUCAUUUGUUUCUGGUUUCUCGGAUAUAAACUUUGACCUGACUCCCAAGAAGUAUAAAAUGGUGAAGGGAGACUUCUCUCGGACUUUCCUACGUGUUGGCUAUCACAAAAUAGCUGAGAUUCCAGCAGGAGCACGCAACAUCAGCAUACAGGAGACAAUGAAGAGCCGCAAUUAUCUGGCCCUACAGACUAAACAUGGUGUGUCCAUAAUCAAUGGAAAUUGGGUGAUUGAUAGACCAGGUAUCUACACAGCAGUUGGAACACAGUUAAUGUAUAAAAGACCCAAUGAGAUUCGCUCACGCAUGGGAGAGUCUAUUACUACUCCAGGGCCACUGAGUGAGGACCUGAUUCUAUAUCUCAUCUAUCAACAGCCCAAUCCCAGUGUGUACUAUGAGUACAGUCUGCCCUCACCACACACAGGGCACAAUCCAAAACCCCAUGAGGGUUCAAAUGUUAUUGCCCCAGGGGUAACCACAAACCCACCCCUCUCAAGGAGCGCGGUUAACAAAAGUGGCAUCUCUAACAACAUCAAUGAGAACACCCAUCUGUAUCAGGCUCUAACCACACCAGCUGUGACCACAAAACUGCAGACCAUGUACAAGUGGGUACAGUCAGGACACAGCGAGUGCAGCACCACAUGUGGCACUGGCACGCGGCACAUGCUCUGGGCCUGUGUGGAGAAGGAUUCCCAAACAACUGUGUCUUCUGACCUUUGCGACUCUGCUCUUGAACCAGCAAAGCAGCAAGAGAACUGCAAUCCCCAGCACUGCCCUGCAUACUGGGAUAUUGGGGAGUGGUCUGAGUGCAGUGCAAAAUGUGGGCCUGGUACUCAGCAGCGGCAGGUUAUCUGCCGCCAGGUCACCCAGACGCACGCCAAUGGCACCGAGACUUCUGUGACUGUAGCGUUGGAACAAUGUGGCUCCACUGAAAUGCCUGACACCAAGUCCACCUGUCAGCUCAAGAUCUGUAGCCAGUGGGAGGUCCGGUCUGAAUGGACUCCGUGCUCAGUGCCAUGUGGAGUGGGCCAACGCAGCAGAGAGGUGAUGUGCGUGAGUAACCAGGGGGAACUUGAGCCAGACAAAGAGUGUAAUAUGAACAUAAAACCAGACACUCUGCAAAACUGUGACAUGGGCAAGUGUGCUCGCAGCUGGUUCACCUCACAGUGGAGCCAACAGUGCACUGCUGCGUGUGGCAGAGGGAAUCGCACUCGGACAGCUGUGUGCCUUAUGGACUAUGUGACAGAUCUUCCACUGGGCAGCUGUGAAGGAGAGCGACCACCGGAGGUGACAACAUGUGAUUCAGGCCCCUGCCAAAACCGCUUUGAGUGGUACACAGGACCCUGGAGUCAGUGUUCUGCAGACUGUGGAAAUGGAACACAGACCCGGAAUGCUGCUUGUAUUAUCACUAAUAAUGGGAACAUGGAUGUUGUUGACCAAGCAAAUUGUGACAGUGAGUUGAAGCCCAUCACAGCUCAGGCCUGCACUCUGAAGCCUUGUGGGGUCCAGUGGUAUGUCUCGGAGUGGAGUACAUGCUCUCGUUCUUGUAAUGGUGGCUACCGUGUGCGUGAAAUGCGCUGUCUGACAGACAAUAUUGCCCCAAGCGAAAACUGUGACCCACACGUGACCCCAAACACACGAGAAGAAUGCAACACACAGCCUUGCCUUGCAGAGAUUGAUCCUCAGUGCAGUGACCAGUAUCACAAAUGUUUGGUGGUAGUUCAAGCUCGUCUCUGCAUUUAUCCUUACUAUAGAAGUGUCUGUUGUGCUUCCUGUUCUCGAGCCCAGAAAACAUUCCCUGCCAACAUUCACCAGAACAGGAUACGCCGGUGAUAAAA